AUGUCUGAAUCCAAGGAACAGUCGGUCUCUGAGCCAGUCAUCCCCCCUGAAGGGGGUGUCAGGGGUUGGAUGACCGUGGCGGGUGCUUUUUGCGCCUUGUUUUCGUCUUUCGGCUUCCUAAAUGCCAUCGGCGUGUUCCAAGCCAUAUACCAAGAAACCUCCCUAAAGGACUAUGACGCCUCCGACAUCUCGUGGAUUUUUGCCCUCCAGCUGGCCCUCAUGUGGGCUCCAGGGCCGCUCUGGGGCCGUGUCAUCGACACCUACGGCCCCGUGCCCGUCCUAUGGCCGAGCAGCGUUCUCUGCGUGCUGGGGCUCUGCAUGACGAGUCUGGCCACCAAGUACUAUGAGAUUCUGCUAGCUCAAGGGCUCUGCUUUGGCAUCGGGGCGGGCGGCGUGUUCACCUCCGCCAUGAUCUGUGUCGGACAGUGGUUUGUGCGCCAGCGCGGACUGGCCACCGGGAUUGCGGUCUCGGGGAGCUCGCUCGGCGGUGUCAUCUUCCCGAUCUUCCUGAACCGUGUCAUCGAGGACGUGGGGUUCUACGGCGCGGUGCGGUAUACGGCCUUGCUUGUCGGGGUCAUGCUGGUGUUCGCAUGCGCCCUGGUCCGGAGCCGCUUGCCGAGGAAGGAAUGGGACGGAAAAGCAGCCUGGGUCGACCUGGCCUUGCUGAAGGACAGUGCGUUUGGGCUGUACACAGCCGGGGCAUUUUUCAUCAUGUGGGGAAUCUGGGCUCCAUUCGACUACCUGACCAGCAUGGCCGAGAACGCGGGAUUCUCAUCCACGCUCGCCCUCUACCUCAUCUCAAUCAUCAACGGCGCUUCUGUCUUCGGACGUACCAUCCCCCCUCAAAUAGCCGACGUGUUCGGUCACUUCAACGUGCUAACAGUCUGCUGCACCCUCACCGGCGCCUCGAUGCUCUGCCUGUGGCUACCCUUCAACUACCACCCCUCGCACGCGGGCAUCAUCGUCUUCGCCGCCGUCUACGGCUUCGUCAGCGGCUCGGUGGUCUCCCUCCUGAUGCCCUGCGUGGCCAAAGUGGGCGACCUGCAGACAUUGGGCCAGCGAUUCGGGACCUUCCAGCUGGUGAUGUCUGUUGCGUGUUUGACCGGAUUACCCAUCAUGGGCGCUAUCCUGCAAAAGCAGAACUACACCGAUUACUCGGGGCUGCAGCUGUUCGGGGGGUGCUGUGGGUUGCUGGGGGCGGCGUUGAUCGGGGGGUCCACGCUGAUGAUUAGGAAGAGGAGGGGGUCGAAGAAGGUGUGAUUGUGCAUGCAUGGAAAGCGUAGAUUUCUCCUGGGAGACAUAUAUUAGAAUGCUUGGUGUGAUAUGAAUCGUUUAAUAAAGUUUCUGCUUGUGGCUGUCUCCUCGGCAGCGUUCUUGAACAAUGGUUGCCUCAAGACAUAGAUAGUUGUG